CACUGUGAGUUGAGUGGUUUGGUCUGUGUUGGUUUGAUAAAGAGCGGAAUGACGACGGUAUGACUCACGAGUAAAUCAGGAAAAGAUAGAUGACGCGUGUUUUGGAGGAGAAAUUCCGUUGACACGCCGAUCGCCACCGCGCCGCUGCCAGUUCUUUGCGUUUGCAACCUCAGCACGAUGAGCACCGACCUGGAGCCGAACCAAGGCGCCUCCACCCCAGGGUGGGUGCGCGACCUUGAGAAGCGACGGCUGCAGCCGCACAAAUUGGCACAUGAUGUUGGUGCUGGCGCACCGUGUUUGACCUGUGCUGGAGCAUGUCCCGGCCUGGAUUUGCACUUUUGGAGAAAAUCGUGCCGUAAUUGCAAGUGCAGUAAAGAGAAGCACGAUGUGAUCGAUGAUGGUGGCUCCAACCAGUUUGAAAUACUGCUAGGGGCAGGAAACAAGAAACCGACAUACAAACUGAAGUUCGGUAAGGACGACGACAAAGAAAAUUUACUCUCCUUUGAGUGGCUCCCUCCUGGGAUUACGCCGGAUGUGGCUGAGCGUUACAUGCAAGAAAUUCCGGAGGCACUGCGACCAAUAAGCGGCACCGAAGGCGCGCAGAGGCGGAGAGAAAAACUCGAACGACAGGUUCCAAUGCACGACUUGGACCCCAGCAAGUGUCACUCGCUAACAGAUGAGGAGGUUGUCGGCCUCGAGAACUACCGCCAGCACCUGAAAGAGGGCGCCGUGGGCCAGGGUAGGGUGGCCACCCUGGCGGCAAUGUUGAAGGAGCUUGGCAUGAACUACGGUGCCCUGGCCAAAGACGGCAGUGUAAUCAUGAGCGUACCUUUAUUCAAUGAGCCCCAACAGCAAAAUAAUGGUGGUGCUAAACCGGUGCCCGCUAACAAAGUUCAUCAGCAGGGCCAAAAUGCGCCCAAUUCGAAAAAGGGUGCUUUCCUGGAAAAGAUGCUGGUAAACGACGCAAAUUCAAAUGAAACGGAGGAAUUUUUCCCUCCGCCACCUUCCCCUCACACCCUGGAGAUGCUUGAAAAAACAGAACCUCCAUCCUUUAAACCUAGCAAACCUUCCGAAGACCAGUCUGCUGGUUUCCUGAAAAGGCCAAGUGCAUAUUUGCCCAUUCCUUACGGUCCUCCUAGAAAUAUGGAGCUGGAAAAUGGAAAUUUGGCUGAAUCUCAUGAAAAUCCUACCAUUCCUCCAAGUGGACCUGUCACAAAUGAUGUUCCUGUUGAAGAGCAACAAAAAACAAAUUACGUCGCCCAAACUCCUAAAAACAAAUCUGUGUCCUUUUCCGACGUCAAAACUCCAGCCAUUGUGCCAAAGGAAAUUACAAACUUACCGCAACGAGCCCAGCGUUUUGAAAACAACAACAUCGAAGGAGACCUACCUGCUGAUCUGGCUGGUCUGCAACUGACGGGCCCUGCUUUUGAAGCUGGACACGCCACAUGUAUGGAGUGCAACCUGCCUGCCGCACCUGGCGAUGUGAUUGUGACUGCCGAGAGAGCCGGGCCAGGUCAAUUCUGGCAUCCUGCUUGUUUUGUUUGCAGUACUUGCAAGGAACUUUUGGUGGACUUGAUCUAUUUCCACAAGGGAGAUAAACUUUUCUGUGGUCGUCACUUUGCUGAGGAAGUCAAUAUACCUCGGUGCCAUGCUUGCGACGAGCUCAUUUUCACAACUGAAUAUACGCUGGCUGAGGAGAAAUACUUCCACGUACGCCACUUCUGCUGCAUAGAGUGCGACACGCCGCUAGCAGGAUUAAAGUAUAUUUCGCGAGAAGGACAGCCGUGUUGUUUAGCUUGCUACGAGGCAAAGUUUUCCAAGGUGUGCAACACAUGCAACAAAUUGAUUGGCCCGAGCGAGAGCAGUGUGAUAUGGCAGGAGAUUCACUGGCACGCGACUGAGGAGUGCUUCUGCUGUUUCAAUUGCAAGAAGAGUUUGCUGAACAACAAAUUUGCUGUGAAGGAAAAUCAGAGUCUGUGUAGCAAAGAGUGCAUCCAGGCCUAUUUGAGGUCUCGGGUUGCUGUUACAGAUUUGUAGACGAAUAUUUUGCAAAUAUCGUGCUUUUUUUACAUUUCUUAUCUUUCAAUCUUGACGAUUUAUUAAUCAAGUUAAAAUAAUUUUAAAUUUAUUAUGUUAAUGAACGUCGUUGCAUAAAAAUUGUAUGAUGAAAUAUUAUGAAGAAAAUAUAUGAAUGAAAAAAAAAAUA